GGCCGCGGCGCUGGGGCCCGGGCGGAGCUGCGCAAUCGUCUGAGCUGCGCACCGACUGGCGGCCGGAGCGGAGCCCACAAGUUGCCGGCAGCCGAGCGCCGCCUCGUCCCGCUCUCAGCCCCUGCGCCCACCGGCGGCGGCCGGCGCCAGGACGCUCAGCCUGCAGCAGACACUGACCCCAGAUGUGACAGCGGGACAGCGGCCCCCUCUCUUUCCAGACACGAUCCACGGAGUCUCGCCAGCGUCUCCUCUGCCAAAACCCCACUAGCUGGAAGAUGUGGCAGCCGGCUACUGAGCGCCUGCAGCACUUCCAGACCAUGCUGAAGUCUAAAUUGAAUGUCCUAACGCUGAAAAAGGAACCUAUUCCAGCAGUCAUCUUCCACGAGCCGGAAGCCAUUGAACUGUGCACCACCACGCCACUGAUGAAGGCGAGGACUCACAGUGGCUGCAAGGUCACCUAUCUGGGCAAAGUCUCUACCACAGGCAUGCAAUUUUUGUCCGGCUGCACUGAGAAGCCAGUCAUUGAGCUCUGGAAGAAACACGCACUGGCCCGAGAAGAUGUUUUUCCAGCCAACGCCCUCCUAGAGAUCCGUCCAUUCCAAGUGUGGCUUCAUCACCUUGACCACAAGGGAGAGGCAACAGUGCACAUGGAUACCUUCCAGGUGGCUCGCAUUGCCUACUGCACGGCUGACCAUAACGUGAGUCCCAACAUCUUUGCCUGGGUGUACAGAGAGAUCAACGAUGACCUGUCUUACCAGAUGGACUGCCAUGCAGUGCAAUGCGAGAGCAAGCUGGAGGCCAAGAAGCUGGCGCACGCCAUGAUGGAGGCCUUCAAGAAGACUUUCCACAGUAUGAAGAGUGAUGGGCGGAUUCAUAGGAGCAGCUCAUCUGAAGAGGCUUCCCAGGAACUGGAAUCUGACGAUGGCUGAAGGAACUGAAGAUGUUCCAGCGAAGGCAGCAUUUGGGCAAUGAGUUUCAGAAGAUAGAUGCAUCUGCAAUGAUUCGAAUUUGGUAUGAGAAGACUGCCAACUUACUGGCUGACCAUGCUUUUUAAAUUCAGAAGAGCAAUUCUAAAGCUAAAGAAAUGUAUCAUUAAUUAUGUGACAUUGAAAUCUGCUGCUGCCGUGACCACGAGGAGAGUAGGAGUGUGGAUGGGGAGGAACGUUCCAGACUCUCUUCUUGUUUUUCUUCUCUCUCUUAUUCCAACACUUGCUGGUGGGAGAUCUCCACGCCUGUUUUCACCAUUCUCAGGCAAACACUCUGUGGCUUUAGUUUGAUGGACUGUUCCAAUCUGCCUUACGAAAUCCAACAGGAAUGUUAGAGGCACCUCUGUGACCCCUAGGCCCCUGGGUGGCGUGGGGAGAUGAUGCUGGUGUGGAGGCUGCAGGAUAGAAGGGACAUGUCCGGGUGACUACCUGGUUGCUCCUCUCCCUUGGCAUGUUCGCAGCCACUCUCCUCAGUAUGUGAAUCAGCGCAGCUUGAAUUGAGCUUUACAACUAACAGCACGCUAGAUGGCAGUUAAUUUGCAGUUAAAGAUGAUGCUUUCAUUUACAUGAGUGUAUCAAGUAGUGCCCUCCUAUUGUAUUCACUUCAUCUAUUUUCUUAGAAUCCUUGCAACUAAUGAUUGUUCUCCUCUUCCUGCCCACCAUGUUUUCUCCUUCCAGCCUCCCCAAAGGGGGUGGAGGCUCAACGCAUUGCAGGACUCCAAAAGGGAAGAAACCAACAAGUUAAUUCAAUAAACAGUAGGCAGACUAUCCAGGAAUCCCAGAUGUCUGACACCCUAGAAAAGAAGGAAUGGGUGUCCAAAGUCUAUAGCAGCCACCCUUCGUUUAAGCCCUGAUUUAUAGUAACUUACUUGGUGAAAGGUCCUGUUAGAUGACUCCUUCAUGGGAAGUUUCAACUCUGACAUGACAUCGCCUGGGAAGUCUUGCCCCAUCAUUUAUUAUUGAAUUCAAGUAGGGGAUGAAUGAAUUCAAGACAGUUUGCUUAGAAAUCUCAUGUUUAUCUGGAAACCUAAAGGGAAAUGUGCUCUUACUGUCCUGAAGUCAGUAAUAUCUUAGAGUCAGAAUGAUGCCCUUGGCUCUCAGUUCUGAAGAGAAAUUCUCACUGGUAACUUUAUGAGAUCUCAAGUUCAAGAUCUCAUAAAGAGUCGUGGAAAGUAUUUGUUAAGAUCAGAGACAGGUGGAACUUUGUGAGUUCAAGGCCAGCCUGGUCUACAAAGCGAGUCCAGGACAGCCUGGGCUACACAGAGAAACACUGUCUCAGAAAAAGGAAGAGAGAGAUUUUCAAAAAAAAAAGAAAAAAAAUACACAUUUAAGGUGAAUAGACACAUUAAAAGGACAAAUGACCAACUUUUUUCAAGUAAUAUUGCUCCUUUAAAAGGUGUAUUUUCAUUUCUGGUGAUAUUAGGGGCAAUGGGGUACCUUAGAAGCCUUAAGUGAGAGCUAAUAUAAUCCAGACAGCAAUGGUGUUGGUGUUUUUGGUCUGUGUACCCAUGUGUCCAUGUAUGCGUUUGUGUGUAUGUGUGUGUAUGUCCCCUGUGUGGGUCCAGUUUCAAGGCAUGUACGAUAAGCAUGGAGUCGUAUUGGUGAGGACUCACCUCCUGAAGAUAUGCUUGUUGCUUUAUGACAUAUGUAAACUAUUCUUUAGAUAAAUGCAUUCACUCUUUAAUAAAAGUAUGUUUGUGUUAAUAAAGCCAGGGUGUUUCAUACUUUAUAUGAACUUUCCUAUUUUUAAGAAAUGGAAAUUGGACAUGUAAAAUAAAUCAAACUUGGUAAACAGGGCAA